AGAUGAUUGCCUUGUUUGCACAUCUGGAGGAAAAGGGACAUGUUAUGCUACCGGAGUAACGUAUGAAAUAGUAUGCAAGGAAUGGAAUUGUAAAUAUGUAGGCGAAACAGCCAGAAGCGCCUACAGCCGUGGACUGGAACACCUAAAAGCAAGUAAAACUGGUCAGGAGCAAUCGGUUAUGUGGAAACACGCACGUGAGAAACAUGGGGGAAAGAUACCUGCUUAUGUUAUGGACGUGACUGGAAUUUUUGGUGAUGACGCGAUGUUACGACAAAUUACGGAGUCGGUUUUGAUAAGGAAUACACUAGGAGAAAAACUUAUGAACACAAAGAACGAGUGGAAUCA